GAAAGAGAGAAAUUAAGUUAAUAAUCAACAAUUUACUGAUUGUCUCAUUGCUUCCGGAAAAGACAAACAAUCAAAUCAUAGAUGAUAUUUAUUAAUUGUAACGAGAAGAGAUUAAACUAAUCAACCAUGAUUAACUUUUUUAAUUGUGAUGGAAAUGAAUAAAUCAAGGAAAAUCAGAUUAGUGAGAGUAAUUAAAAAUGCUCACUCGGUAAAGUUAAUUGUUGAUUAAUGAACAUAUAAAAAGUUGAUGAAAAUUUAAAUUUUGGUUUACUUUAGUUACUCACAAUUUUCAAUCAACAUCAACAAUCAAUUAAUUGUUACCAUUGUGAUAACCAAAUAAUUUAUACAUAAUGAAUUUAUCUCAUUGGAUUAUGUUUAACUGCUUAAUUGUGAUCAGUUUAAUUGCCACAAUUGAAUCAAGUAAAAAGUUACUCUAUGGUGUAGCCUUAGCAGCGGUUCUUGGGGCUGGAAAGAACCGUUAUCAUCACCCAAUUCCGGUUCCGGUUCCAAUUCCAAUAUCUAACCAGAGACUCGAGAUUCCUGAACAUCAUCAUCAUCAUCAUCACGUUGAACAUGUUGAUCAUCAUCAUCAUCAUCUAAGUAAUCAUAUUGAUCAUCAUCAUCAUGUUGAUUUAAUUGAGGAUCAUCAUCAUCAUCAUCAUCAUUCAGAUUCAUGGGAUGAUGGUCACUCUCAUCAUCAUCAUCAUCACUUUGGUCACCCUUACAUGUACUGACCAAUACAAUCAAUAUAAAUUGUUACCUGUCCAAAAACUUAAUCAUUGUACAAAUUUAAUAAUAAUAUUAACAAUUAACUCACUAUUUAUUUUCAAACGAUUUGUCAAUUGUUGUUAAAAUCAGUUUGAAAUUCAUUCUUACCCAUUGAUUUAAUUAUCUCAUUGUAAUUAAGACAAUCAAUCAACCUUAUUAUUGAUUGAAGUUGUUACAUUUCUCCCAAUUCAGCUAAUUAACACAAUAAUUAACAAUU